CGCAAAUAUUAAUUUUUAGUACGAAACCAAAAAUGUAAUCACAGUUUUUAAAUUCUUUAAAUUUAUAGAUUAUACAAUAAAAUUCCUGCAGGAAUUGUGUUUUUUUUAAUUAAAAAAUAAUAUCAAUGUUUUUAUCAAAAUGUACGGACUUUUAACAGUUCGCAAUUUAUAUUUAGGAAAUAAAGUGUUAACAAAACCGGCGGAAGUUUUAGUGCAAAGUUAUUACUUGUGUUCGUUUUGCAAAUUUUAUCAUCAGGAAAUUUUUAAAUCUUGUCAACAAUUGAAAUAUUAUUCAACAACUGUAAAACCAUCGGAAAUAAAUGUUCUUUAUUCAAAGAAAAUUAAACGAAACAAUGGAAAAUUUCUCGAACUUUUGGAAGUCACCGACGCUGCGGCCAAGAAUCGAAGGACGAAAGUAAAAACAUUAAAUGCCGAAAAUUUGUCAGAAUUUGUGAAACCAAAUGAAGUAAAUUUAAUUCAAAAUAAAUCCAAGAGGAAAUAUAAACGGAGAAAAAGUUCCUCCGAAUUAGUGAAGGAAUUAAAAAGAUUUCUCGAACAGGAGAAAAUUCUCGAAGUAAAGAAGGAAAAUAAUGUCACGAAGAAAAUUAAGAGAAACGAAAGAAUAAUUAAUAAUAUUAAUAAUGAAAAUAAUUUUUCGGAGGCGAAAAUAAAUGCGGAUGAAAAUGAAUUGAGAUGGAAAAAUGAAAUAGAAGAUAAGAGUAUAAAUUUAUUUGCAUUCUUUCAAACGUGCCUUAAUUGUGAAAAGGGGACGGAGGCUUUAAAAAUAUUUCUUCGCCUCGAGGAAAAUUCCAAUCCACAAUUGCAAAAUGCCUUUAAAAAUGUCAGAUUUCAUAAUUUAUUUCUCAAACAUUUUGCGACAAAUGCUGAUUUCAAUAAUUUAGUGAAAAUCAAAGGUUUAAUGGAAAAAUAUUCUAUUCGAUUGACUGCGGAAUCUUAUGCCUAUAUUUUUGAAUGUGUCGCUAAAUUGGAGGAUCAGGGGCAAAAAAUUGAUUUUCUCAGGCAGAUUAAAAAGGAAAUGCACGAGAAUGAAAUAAGUUUAAACGAUGUCUUAACACGACCGACAUUCGUGAAUGAUCAAUUUGAAAAUAUUCUGAAAAUCGCUCGAAUUUUGAAUAAGAAUUUUACUCCUAAUUUUCCAAGGGAACACGUGAAUUAUUCUUGUCCUUUGCUUAAUGAUAUUUAUGUGAAUCGCAAUUUUGAGAGUCCAGCGAAGAAUUUAUUUCAAUUGUCCGAUUUGAAGGAGAGAGCGAAAAAACAAUAUGAAAUUGAAUCGUUCGGCGAUGUGGAAAUUAAAAAUAUUUCCAUGAAUAUUGAAGCGACUGAGAGUAUUCUCGAAGCUAGAAGAGAAUUUAGUAAUUUGGAGAAAACGUGGCAAGUGGAAGUGAGUAAAGCGUUCGAGAGAAAUUUGAAAACGCUAAAAGUGCGCGAGUAUGAUUUAAGAAUAACGGAUAUUCAUCCAUAUCUCUCGGUAAUGGAGCCGGAAAUUUAUGUCAACGCAAUAAUUAAGGAAACAAAAUAUCUCGCCAAAUCUACAGAAUCAUUUAGUCCUCCAAUUUCCUACUUAUCGAAACAAUUGGCUCUGAGUUUAUUCGAAAAAUACGAGCAAAAAAUUCAAGACAAACUGGGCGUGACCGACGACUUUUUAAAAUGCUACGACGACUAUUGCGAAUGGUAUCUCGAGGGAGGAUACGCAAAAAAUUCUCGCAUCAAAUGGCAAUAUUUGGAGCAUGAAUUAAAAGAAUCGGGCAAAUGUUCUUAUAUACCAGUUAUGCAAUGGCCUGAGGGAGUAUUGAAGGGAGUUGGCAAAUUUUUGUACGAUAUUAUUUUGAAGGAUUUGAAAGUUAACAUCACAUCGAAGAAUGGAAAUAAAAUUUCCGUUCCUGCAUUCUACGUUAUCUUUCGAAGUAAAAUAAAGCAGGUCAUAGAUGAGAUUCAACCGCAUCCGUUGUUGACGAAAAUAUACCGAGAAUGUCAAUUGGAAACAUUAACUUUCAACUACGAUGCACUGCCUUCGAUAUCACCCCCGAAGCCCUGGUACAAAAUCGACAAAGGAGGCUACUUAAUUAAUAAAUCCUCCUUAAUUCGUGUUCCUUACAGUUUCACGGAGCAUUUGAAAAGGAUACGAUCGAGACCAAAAGAAAAAAUGUAUCCGCUAUUUGACUCGUUGAAUCAAUUGGGAUCGAUUCCUUGGCGUGUGAAUACGAAAAUUCUCGAUGUGGCAAUGAAGGUUUUUCAAGAUGGAGGUUCGAAAGAAUUAAAUGUACCCGAACCGCCUUCGAGUUUACCGCAGCCGCCUCCUGUUGACAACGCUGCUAUCUCCGAAGAGGAAAGACGAGAAAAUACCAACAAUAUAAUAGCUUUCCGUAAGAAGAAAAAUGAAAUGUUCUCGUUGUGGUGCGAAGCUCUUUAUAAAUUAUCGCUUGCAAAUCACUAUAGAAAUGAAACAUUUUGGCUGCCACACAAUAUGGAUUUCCGUGGAAGAGUUUAUCCAAUUCCACCUCAUUUAAGUCACUUUGGCUCGGAUUUUUCCCGAUCAAUGCUGAUAUUUGCUCAAGAAAAGCCUCUGGGUCCAAAGGGCCUCGAUUGGCUGAAGAUUCACACAAUUAAUUUAACUGGUUUCAAAAAGAAGGAAUCCAUCAAAAAUAGACUUGAAUAUGCAAAUGAAAUUCUUGACAAAAUUCUCGACAGUGCAAAGAAUCCUCUGACGGGCGAAAUGUGGUGGACAACAUCGGACGAACCCUGGCAAACACUGGCGGCUUGUAUGGAAAUAUCGAGAGCAUUGGAGUGCGAGAAUCCCUGUGAAUAUUUAACUGGUUUUCCGGUCCAUCAGGACGGAAGUUGCAAUGGAUUGCAGCAUUAUGCGGCGCUUGGUCGCGAUCAAGUUGGAGCCGAGAGUGUUAAUUUGUUUCCAUUUGAAAAUCCACGCGAUGUUUACAGCGACGUUGUUGAACGUGUGGAAGAGGCUCGUCGAUUAGACGCUGAGAAGAAUGUGGAAAUUGCCAAAGUUUUGGAAAAUCACGUGCAGAGGAAAGUCAUUAAGCAAACAAUUAUGACGACCGUUUAUGGUGUUACGAGGUUUGGAGCUAAAUCACAAAUAAUGAAACAAUUGAAAGAUUUGGAGAACUUUCCUCAAAAUGAAAUUCGAGCGGCGAGUUCGUACUUAGUUGAACAGAGCUUUCGGAGUUUGCGAACAAUGUUCACGAGCGCGAGGGAAAUUCAGGAUUGGUUCACAGAAUGCGCGAAAGUAAUUUGCACAUUGAGAAAAACACAUGUCGAAUGGGAAACUCCAUUAGGAUUGCCGAUAGUUCAACCCUAUUACAAAAGGAUUGCAACAAAUCCCAAAAAUACGAAUAUGCUGAAACAAAAGAAUGCAUUUCCACCAAAUUUCAUUCAUUCACUGGAUUCAACGCACAUGAUGCUGACGAGUUUACAUUCCGAACAGGCAGGAAUAACUUUUAUGUCAGUGCACGAUUGUUUUUGGACUCAUCCAUCGACAGUCACGAAAAUGAAUACAAUUUGUCGAAAGCAAUUUAUUGCUCUUCAUUCGGAGCCAAUUUUAGAGAAUCUCUCUCAAUUUUUAUUGAAUAAAUUCCAAUUUUCCGAAGAGGAAAUAAAUGAAUGCAAAUCUGUGAAAAAUGCCGAAAUCUGCAGAAAUUUCAACAAAAUUUUGUCACAAGUACCAAAGAAGGGAACUUAUGACAUUAAUAAUAUCAAAUUCUCGACGUAUUUCUUUAGCUAGAAAGGUUAGAAAUUUCAAAAAAUUUCCAAAAAAAAGAACUGAAAAAGAGAAUAAAUUCGAAAUAACGUGAUAGUAAAAGGUAAAUAUUUGUAAAAAGAUUAUAUUUUAAUUAUUAAAUUGAUUUGGUUUAUUUAACAGUC